AUCAACUUUUCGAAAGAUUUCAGAGAUUCGGUAUAGUCAUUAACCCAUCCAAAUGCAUUUUCGGAGUCGAAGGCUUAGAAUUUUUGGGUCACUCGAUUGACAAACAUGGUAUCAAACCCUUAGACGCAAAAAUUGAAGCUAUCAAAAAUUUUCCAGAGCCAGACUCACUAAAUAAACUUCGACGUUUCUUGGGUAUGUUUAAUUUUUAUCGUCGGUUUAUCCCUCACUGCUCAGAUAUUCUACAACCCCUAACGGAGGCAUUAAAAGGCAAAGCCAAAAAGUUCACAUUAUCCUCCGAAGCGAAAGAUGCCUUUACUGCUGCUAAAACAGCGAUUGCUUCUACCACCAUGCUGACCUACCUCAGUCCUGAUCCAGAAGCAACACUAAUUUUGUGUACAGACGCUUCUCAGGCAGCGGUAGGCGCGGUGCUGCAACAAAGAGUAAAUAAUGAAGUCAAGCCACUUGCUUUCUUUUCAAAGAAGCUAGAACCGGCCCAAACCCGAUACAGCACGUUUGGCAGAGAAUUAUUAGCUGUUUAUCUAGCAGUUAAACAUUUUAAACACUUACUACAAGGUAGAGAUUUCGUAAUCUUCACUGAUCACAAACCUUUGACUUACGCUUUCAAUGCCAAAAGUGAUCGUUAUUCUCCUAGAGAAACUCGACAGUUAGAUUACAUUUCUCAAUUUUCUACCAACAUACAGUUCAUAAAAGGUGAGUCAAAUGUUGUGGCAGAUACUUUGUCACGUUUCGACGUUGAUGCUAUUUGCUCCACUAAAGGAAUUGAUUUGUUGGACAUUGCACGCUUACAGGUUGAUGAUCCUGAUCUUGCGGCUUGUAAACAAAAUUCGAGUCUAGUAUUAAAAAGUAUUCCAAUAGCACAUUCUGAUUCUACUAUAAUUUGUGAUACUUCAACUGGAAUACCCAGGCCAUUUGUGCCAAUAGCGUACAGAAAAAAAGUUUUUGAUUGUCUUCAUUCAUUAUCUCACCCAGGAGUUCGAGCUACUGCGAGACUGAUCGGAGAAAGAUUUGUCUGGCCAAAAAUGAACUCAAACAUAAAGGAAUGGACCAGAAAUUGUUUACAAUGCCAGCGUAGCAAAGUUCACAGACAUACGAUUACAGCACCGUCAACAUUCAAUCUACCUGACCAUCGUUUUCAGCAUGUUCACGUUGAUUUAGUUGGUCCUUUACCCCCAUCUAACGGAUUUACUUACAUCUUUACUGCAGUGGACCGUUUUACCAGAUGGCCAAUAGCAUGUCCAAUAAAAGAUAUCUCAGCAGAAAAUAUUGCUGCCGUGUUUCUUGACAGAUGGAUUUCUAAUUUCGGUGUACCUUCUACCGUUACUUCCGACAGAGGUUCACAAUUCCAAUCGCACCUCUUCAACGAAUUUACGCGCAUUUUGGGAAUCCAUCACAUCACUACAACUGCAUACCAUCCAGCAGCAAAUGGACUAGUGGAACGAUUCCACAGACAACUUAAAAGCUCAUUGAUGGUACAGCCUGAUGUAACUAGAUGGAUUGAAUUCCUACCUCUCAUAUUAUUGAGCAUACGCUCGACAAUUAAGGAAGACCUUCAAUGUACACCUCCGCAGCUAGUUUAUGGAACUAAUUUAACCUUACCUGGUCAACUAGUCACGCAUAAAGGCACAUCGGUAUGUACAGACCCCUCCUCCAUUUGCGAAUGACUAAUGAGGCGCAUGAAUAGCAUUAUGCCUGUUACACCUCGACCAGUUGUUUUAAAAGAGCAAAUUAGCAAGCACCUAAACACAUAUAAAUUUGUGUUUGUCCGUGUCGACUCAGUAAGACGUCCUUUACAACACCCUUAUGAAGUAGUAGACAGGCAAGCAAAAUAUUUCACAAUCAAGAAGAAUGGAAAAAAGGAAACAGUUUCAAUGGACAGGUUAAAACCAGCCUUCAUAGAGUCUGAAACACACGACAGUCGAAAACCGUCUAAAGACAACACCAAUUUCACAACACAGUUUCCUGCGUUUCCGGCAAAUUCUUCACCUACUUCUGUGAAA